CUAAAGAGUGCUGCAUAAAAAUAAAAAUAGAAGAAUGCCUCCUAAAAGAAUUUUAACACAGGAAGAUGCAGAAAACGUUAAACGCAGAAGAAAAGAAACUCAACGUAUACGACGGACACAUAUGACUGAACAACAAAGGGUAACUCUACGCAAAAAGGAUUCUUCAAAAAAACGGAUUUGUAGGGCCAAUAUGACUGCUCAGGAAAAAUGUCUCCAACUGGACAUGCAAAGAUCACGUUCUGCUGCACGUAGAAAAAAAAAAAAAAAUAGUACUAACAUCAACCAUUCAUUAUUUAAUGAAGACAAUGUCCCGAUGCACACAUGUGGUCAACUUAAUGUUUAUUGCAAAUUUUGCAUGGCAAAGCAUUUUCCAGAGGAACAACCAAGCGAUAAGCUUUUUAAUAAAUGCUGCAAUAAAGGAAAAAUAACAUUACCUCAUAUACAAAUUUCACCACUGAUCCAACAACUAAUGACUGGACAACACACACAUUCAAAGAAUUUUAUGCAAAAUAUCCGUUCUAUAAAUAGUGCAUUGGCGUUUGCAUCAAUGGGAGCAAACAUUGCACCACCUCCAGGAUAUGGCCCAUACUGUUUUAGAAUAAAUGGCCAAAUUUAUCACCGAUCUGGUGCUUUGCAUCCAGAAAAUGAUGAUCAACGCAAAUUUGCACAACUCUACAUUUUGAGUCCUGAGGAAGCUGCGGACCAACGAGCAGCACUAAAAGAAAAUUCAGGAUGUCACAUUGAACUUUUGAGGGAGUUAAGUUCAUAUAUGUCUCAGUAUAACCCUUUUGCAAAAGCAUGUAAAAUGCUCUAUGAGGUAGAGCAAGAAUGCAUCCAUGAAGCAUCUUUAAAUGGAGUUCAAAAUUCUAAAGUUUCAAUGGUAAUUCUGCAGGACAGAACAUCAGAUUACCGAAGAUAUAACGUACAAAGAGUUAAUGAGGUUGCUGUUAUUUUCCAAAAUUCUGAUGGUGAACCUCCUCUUGAACGUGACCUUCUUAUUCAUUGCCGAUCUACAGAUCAAACAAAAAAAACUGAAAGAAUAAGUGUUUUAGAUCCUAAUCUUGAACCAUUGCUGUAUCCUUUGUUGUUUCCAUAUGGGGACCAAAGUUGGGGUUCCAAUAUUGCUCUUAACUACAGGCCAACAUCAAUUAGUGAUGUACAAAGAAGAGUAACCACCAAUCCAAGGAUAAGAGUUAGCCAAAUGAAAUACUACUCUUACAGAAUUUCAAUUAGGGAUCAAUUCAAUCCUUUCCUUAGUGCUGGCAAGUUGACGCAGCAGUACUUUGUUGAUGCUUAUGUUAAGACUGAGGCCAACAGACUCAACUAUAUCCGUCAAAAUCAAUCUAAUCUUCGCAUUGAAAAAUAUACAGGAUUAAUGGAUUACAUUCAAAGUGAGGCUGCUGCACAGGGCCUGAUGCCUGGAAAAGCAGUUAUUUUGCCAUCAUCUUUUCAGGGAAGUCCACGAAAUAUGGCCCAAAACUACCAUGAUGCUAUGGCCAUUGUUAGAAAAUAUGGAAAACCGGAUUACUUCAUCACCAUGACCUGCAACCCUAAAUGGCCUGAGAUACUUGAUAACCUAUUAGAAGGUCAAGCAGUGGAGUUCAGACCAGAUUUGGUAGCAAGAGUUUUCAAUCUCAAAUUAAAUUCUCUUUUGAAUGAUAUCUUGAACAUGCUCAUAUCCUUUUAA